AUGGCUGUACCGUUCCGGACUGGGCCCAGCGGCCUCCAAGUCCCAUCCCGCAAGAACAGCGGCAUGGACCCACGAAACACCAUUAACCCUACGCAAGCCCACUACAUUGGAAUUGACGUUGGAACUGGCAGUGCCAGAGCCUGCAUCAUCAACGAAAUUGGUGACAUUGUUGGCCUGGCAUCGGAAAAUAUUGGGCUUUGGCAACCUCAAACUGGUUACUACGAACAGUCCACAACCGAUAUCUGGCGGUGCAUCUGCGACUCUGUGAAGCGUGCAGUAGCCCAGCACAACAUCGACACCAGUACCAUCAAAGGUAUUGGUUUUGAUGCCACCUGCUCGCUCGCCGUUUUCACUCACGAUACCGACGAGCCUGUGUCUGUAACUGGUCCUACCUUUACCGAGUCUGGAAACGACCACAACGUUGUGUUGUGGCUCGACCACAGACCCGUUGAGGAGACAAAGAAGAUCAACGCUACCAAACAUAAUCUUCUUCGCUACGUUGGUGGCACCAUGAGCAUAGAGAUGGAAAUACCAAAAGUGCUCUGGCUCAAGAACAACAUGCCCAAGGAAUUGUUCGAUCGCUGCAAAUUCUACGACUUGACAGAUGCUCUGGAGCAUUUGGCUACUGGCAACGAAAAGCGCAGUUUCUGCUCUGUUGUGUGCAAGCAGGGCUACGUUCCCGUCGGCGUCGACGGCUCUGUCAAGGGUUGGCAGGAAGAUUUCCUCAAAGAGAUCGGACUCGAGGACCUAGCUGAAGACAACUUCAAGCGUAUGGGCGGAGUCAAUGGAGUAAACGGCGAGUACUUGUCCGCAGGCGAGCUGGCCGGCCAUCUUUGCGAGAAAGCCGCAGCCGAACUUGGUUUACCAGCAGGCAUCGCUGUUGGCAGCGGCGUGAUCGAUGCCUAUGCUGGCUGGAUCGGUACGGUCGGCGCCAAGAUUACUGCUACCGAAGACCACCUAGACACUGAAGUACCCAGGAACGACCAGUCUCAGGCCUUCAGCCGCCUCGCAGCAGUUGCAGGUACCUCUACCUGUCACCUCGUCAUGUCGCCUGAACCUGUCUUCGUGCCCGGCGUCUGGGGCCCUUAUCGCGAUUCCAUUAUUCCCAACUUUUGGAUGGCCGAGGGUGGCCAAUCAGCCACAGGCGAACUCCUCAAGCACGUUCUUGAAACCCAUCCGGCCUACCACACUGCCAUGUCCGGUGCCGAAUCAUACAAUACCAAUAUCUAUGACUUCCUGAACGAACAUCUUCGCGACAUGAAAGCCGCUCGAGGCGACCGCAGUAUCGCCCAUCUCGGAAAGCACUUCUUUCUGUACGGUGACCUCUUUGGCAACCGCUCGCCAAUCGCCGACCCCACGAUGUCCGGCUCCGUUGUUGGUCUCUCAAGCGACAAGAGUCUCGAUGGCCUGGCACUUUAUUACUACGGCACUAUGGAAUUCAUCGCUUUGCAGACUCUGCAGAUUGUCACCACGAUGAAUAAAGCAGGACAUAACAUCAACUCUAUUUUCAUGUCUGGCUCGCAAUGCCAAAAUGACAUCCUCAUGUCCCUCAUCGCCACUGCCUGCGACAUGCCCGUGCUCAUUCCACGCUAUGUGCAUGCGGCAGUAUGCCAUGGAGCGGCCAUGCUGGGUGCAAAGGCUGCAUCGGCAGACAAUACCGGCAAGACCGAAGAUUUGUGGAGCAUUAUGGACCGGAUGAGCAAGCCCGGAAAGAUGGUUAAGCCUACGGGAACUAAAGGCGUGAAGGCGCUGUUGGACGUCAAGUACAAAGUAUUCCUGGAGAUGUGCGAGCGACAACGUGUAUUCCGGAGCAUGGUGGAUGAGGUGGCGGACAAGGAGUAG